AACCAGUUUCCCUUCCGGUUAGCCGCCGCUGCGCUAGGUGCGCGGGGUCUCCAAGUGUGAGAUGGUGGUUUGAAAACUGUUUGUGGGAGCGUGCAGUGAGGGCGGCCCACAGUCAUGGACAUACCGGUCCCUCCAGAGGACCAGGAGUUAAGAAAUGUCAUCGACAAACUGGCACAGUUUGUGGCCCGCAAUGGUCCAGAAUUCGAGAAGAUGACAAUGGAGAAACAGAAAGAAAAUCCCAAGUUUUCCUUUCUGUUUGGAGGGGAAUAUUAUAAUUAUUACCAGUACAAACUAGCAAUUGAGCAGCAAUUGUUGUGCAAUCCAUCAGGACAAGAAAAUGAGCCACCGACUCAAAUCCCUGUGCCAACCCCAAUCCAAGCCCCAAUUCCAACCCCACCUUCCACUACUAUGCCAGCCCCAGCCUCUGCUCCAACCCUGUCCCAGCCUCCCACUCCUCCAGGUCCAGGCCAAUCACAACUGGAGGAGCUGAUUCAGCAGAGUCUGUGGAAUCUCCAGCAGCAGGAGCAGCAUCUCCUUAUGCAAAGACAGGAGCAAAUAACUGCAGCAAUAGCCUUGGCAAUGGAACAGCAAAUUCAGAAGCUUCUGUCGGAGACACAGCUGGACAUGACCGAAUUUGACAAUCUGUUACAGCCAAUUAUUGACACUUGUACCAAAGAUGCCAUUUCUGCUGGUAAGAACUGGAUGUUUAACAAUGCAAAAACUCCUCAACAUUGUGAGCUGAUGUCUGGUCAUCUGAGGAACCGAAUCACAGCUGAAGGAGCCCAUUUUGAACUACGGCUCCAUCUGAUCUACCUGAUAAAUGAUGUACUUCAUCACUGUCAACGGAAACAAGCUCGAGACUUGCUCGCAGCACUGCAGAAAGUUGUGGUCCCCAUUUACUGCACCAGCUUUCUUGCAGUUGAGGAGGACAAACAACAGAAGAUUGCACGGCUAUUACAGCUGUGGGAGAAGAACGGUUACUUCGAUGAAUCCAUUAUUCAACAGUUACAGAGUCCUGCUCUUGGACUUGGGCAGUAUCAGGCAUCUCUCAUUACGGAGUUUGCUGCUGUGGUCCAACCUAUUCAAAUGGCAUUCCAGCAGCAGAUCCAAACCCUGAAGGCUCAACAUCAGGAGUUUGUGGACAGUCUCACCAAACAUCAACAUACUCAGCCUCCUCAGCCGCAGCCGCAGCCUCAGCCUCAGUCACAGCCGCAACCACAGCCGUUAUUGGAACCUGAGGCACCGCCACCCCACAUCCCAUUGCCCCAGAGUCAGGACCUGCCAGCACUCUCUCCAACAGACUCAACAGAGGAAGCCAAGCCACCUCAUCCCCUUCCUGAAAAUGUGCCAACUGGAGGACAGGAGCCUCCUCCAGGGGGACAGCGAGGACCUGGGCAGCAUGAACACUCUUCUUCCAAGCCACCUUGGUUUGAACGACCUGCAAUGCCUCUCUGGGGGCAACAACAACAGUUUGAUCAGGGUUUUAAUCCUCCACACCAGGGACCACCUCAUUGCCAGCCCUGGAAUAACAACCAUGAAGGGAUGUGGAACGACCAGCGGGAACAAAAUUGGAACAACCAGCGGGAAGCUCCAUGGAACAAUCAACAUGAGCCAUCCUGGAAUAAUCAGUAUGAUCCCUCCUGGAACAAUCAGCAUGAACCCCCCUGGGGGGGGCAGCGAGAUCCACCAUUUAGAAUGCAGAGGCCUCCCCAUUUCCGCCAGCAACCCCCUUUCCAACCACACCAGCAGCACCCACCAUUUAACCAGCCACCACAUCCUCACAACUUCAACCGUAUCCCACCACGGUUCAUGCAAGAUGAUUUUCCCCCCCGGCAUCACUUUGAUCGUCCCCCCUAUCCCCCUCACCAUUUUGACUAUCAACAGGGAGACUUUCCACCAGAUAUGGGCCCCCCUCACCAUCCUCCACACAGAUUACCUCCACCCGGAAUGGGAGAACCUCCUCCUUGGGGUGGACCUCAGCAUCCAGAUUUUGGUGGUCCUCCCCCAGGUUUCAAUGGACAGCCUCCACAUAUCCGUCGUCAGGGGCCACCUCCACCACAGAUCAGUCCCGAUGACCCUAGUUUAGUGCCCAAUGUGCCAUAUUUUGAUCUCCCAGCAGGAUUAAUGGCACCUCUGGUGAAGUUAGAAGACUAUGACUACAAGGCUCUGGAACCUAAAGAUAUGCGCCUUCCACCUCCAAUGCCACCUAAUGAAAGGUUGCUUGCUGCAGUUGAGGCAUUUUAUAGUCCACCAUCUCAUGACAGACCAAGAAAUAGUGAAGGUUGGGAGCAGAAUGGACUCUAUGAAUUCUUCCGAGCCAAAAUGCGAGCACGGAGAAAAAAGGGGCAAGAGAAGAGAAAUAAAGGUCCAAGCUCAGCUACAUCUGGGGUAUUGAAACCAGGACCCCGUUCAGAAUCUCAUGAGGCCGGUAGCGGAGCCAAAGUGGAGAAACGUGGGCGAUCAAAAUCCCGCAGUCGGUCACGGAGCAGGCGUUCUUCCACUCGCUCAAGCUCAAGAUCUUCACGGUCCUCUAGGUCUUAUUCGAGGUCAAGAUCACGAUCUCGAUCCCGUUCGCGUUCCCGUUCAUAUUCUGCUUCACGUUCCAGCCGUAGUAGGUCAGGUUCAUCUCGAAGCCGGUCAGGUUCAAGAUCUCGUUCACGGUCACGAUCAUACUCACCAGGAAAGAGGCGGGUAUCAAGGUCACGCAGCCAGACUCCACCUGCCAACACUGGACUUGGCGGUGGUUCUGUUGCGCUCACACCUGAUCAGAGAUUGGGGGAGGAAAACAAGGGACAUCAGCUGUUGAUGAAGAUGGGUUGGAGUGGAUCAGGAGGACUUGGGGCAAAGGAGCAAGGUAUCCAGGACCCAAUUAAAGGAGGAGAAAUCCGUGAUAAGUGGGACCAGUAUAAAGGAGUAGGUAUCCCACUUGAUGAUCCCUAUGAAAAUUAUCGAAGAAAUAAAAGCUACUCCUUCAUAGCUCGGAUGAAAGCAAGAGAUGAAAUGAAGAAAGAGAUACAAGAGCAGCCACCCCCCGAGUGAAGUAUGCAAGAGAAGACGGCUGUGUUUGUUCUGUUCUAGACGGUGACAUCACUCCUAUAAAUUCAAUAAGGACUUGAACACUCAAGCUACUCAGUGCUAGACUGGUCAAUCACAGGGUUUAGGGGUGGGGAGGGGGGGAUCCUUAAUACUCGGGGCUGAGAUAUGAGCAAAGAUUCCUAAAUACGUUCAAUGUAGAACUGAACAUACUAUAGUCUCUUUAACUUGGUUUAACUGCUUAUACAAUGAUGUGUUUUCCCUGUUUUUUUAAGUGAAGCAGUGUGAAAUUGUGAGCAUCAGUGAUAGGAUGAGAAUUUUUAUACUGACAAAUUGUAAAUGUUUGUGUUGGCCUAAAAUUGGACAUUUUGACCAUCUCCUCUGUGACGUUCAAAGGAAAGACACUGAACUCUUGAAAUAUUUUCACUUGUUCUAUUGUGUUCGGAUACAGGGAGGUGUAUCUGGAUUGUUAAUGGUCUCUUGUUUGAUCACCAUCUAGACUAGUCAUAAUGUAAUGACUUCUGUGGACCAUUUUACUAUUUUCACCUGAACUGCAGAAGUUUCUCGAUUGGUACUUUCUUCGUAAUUAAACACAUUCUGUUUAUUGUGCAGACUUGCAUUUUCCAUUUGAUGCUGAAAAAUAUUCUUGUCUGUCACAAGAAAUGAUAAUGCACCUUGUACAGAAGCCCAUACGUCAAACAAAGCAAAUUGAUUUGUUUGGUAGGAUAAUGAAAUGACAAAACUUGCAUUUAUGUAACACUGAAUACUGUAGAAAACCUAAUAAUACUGGGAUCUAAUCAGACAAAACGUCAUGCCCUGAAAUGAUGAUACAAGUGAUUGAAACCUUGAUCAGAGAGAGAGAGGUUUUUAAAAAUACUUUAGAGGAGUAAGGUGGAAGUGUGGAGCAAUGAAACUCCAGAGUAGAUCGUGCUUGAGCAAAGGCCUGGCCACCUUGAAACUAACUGUAUACUAUUGAUCAUUGCAGCUAUUCCCUUGUGCCCUCACAGCUAUCUGAUGUCUUCCUAUCAUGAACUCUGAGAGGAUGCUUCUUGAUCCCAGACUAUUACCGAAUCUUGGUUACAUGCUUGGCACUGGGAAUCUACACCAUUAAUAGCAGCAACACAGUGGGAAAGAGGAAACAGUUACUUAGAAUCAAGUGUACUAUCACCAUCUUAUAUGACAUGAAAUUUGUUGUUUUGCUGUAGCUGUAAAGUGCAAAUACAUAAAAUUACUAUACAAAAUAAGUAGUUGGGGACUGAGAAAAAGGAAUAAUUGUUAGUGUUCUUGGACCAUUCAGUGGACGGGAAGGAGCUGUUUCUGAAUUAUUGAUUAUGGUUUUUCAGGCUGUUGUACCUCCUCCCUGAUGGUAGUAACGAGAAGAGGAUAUGUCCUGGAAAGUGAGGGUCCUUAUUGAUGGAUGAUGCCUUCUCGAUGGCAGGGAGGAUUCUACCCAUGAUAGACCUGGCUGAGUGUACAGUCCUCUGUAACUUGUGAUCCUGUACAAUGGAACCUUCAUACCAGGCUGGGAUUGAACUAGUACCAAUAUUCUCCAUGAAAUUGUAAAUAAGAAAUCAUACAUGAAUGGUUUUUAAUAAUUUGUAACAACUUGCAUUUUAUGAGUAUAUUUCCCUGCAAAAUUUCCAUAGCCUUUGAAUGUUUUGGAGAGGUAGCUUGUUUGUGGUGGUAUGGACCAUGUAGUAAUUACAAUACAUUCUCAUUUACAAAUAUUGGCUAGUUAAGUCUGGAUUUGAGACCCUUUUUAGUACAUUAAGGAUGGACAUAAUGGCAGAUUAUGAUGAUGAUGGUGAGCCAUUUGGAGAGAAGUUGAGGCAAAAGAGUUCACAGGCCUGGGUAUGAGAUUGAAUUGCUCUGGGCACUGAGCCAGUUUGGAGAAAUUGAGAGCGGCUUGGGUUGAGCAGUGAAAUCUGUAGCCAGAGUAAGCCACUGGGUGGUGUAUUCUAGGCACGGAGCCUUUUGCUGCAGCAGUAUCCGGGUCCUAGUGCGAGGUUCAAUAUGCUGUUUGGACAAUAUUUUAAACAACAUACUGGAAAGACGAGGCAUUAGGUUUGGAGCCUCUUCAUGGCACUGAGGCUUUGAAGACUGCCCCCAGCUGCUAUCCUCCGUAUCUGCUAAUAUGAUUGACUGAUACCGAAGCUUGGGCCUACUCCAGGCUGCCCCAGGGGUUUGGAUCUAAGCAUUCAUUUUGGUUCGGAAUGUUGCUUGCUUCUAUUUUUGUAUGAUUUGUAUUUCUCCCUUUUCUCUGCACAUCAGGUGUUGGUCUUUUUUUAAAUUGGGUUCUUUCUUGCUUUGUGGCUGCCUGUAAGCAAACAAGUCUCAAGGUUGUAUAAUUUAUAUAUUCUUUGAUAAUGUAUUUUGAAACUUGAAACUUUGAAACAUAUGACCCUGAUAUCAACUGUUCAAUAUCAGAGUCCUAAUCCCUAUGUACUAAAAAUCUGAUUAUAACAAAACAAUGUUGAUCAGGUCUUGCUUUAGGUGGGUGUGUUCAGCUGUCUUGUUUGGAGAAUAACACAGUUAGAAAUGGUUGAGUGCCCAGAACGUGUUCAUAAAAUUAUACAGAAACUACACAGUAGAGUUCAGCAGUUUGAUCCAAGCUGACAUCUUCAUGUGCCAUAUCAGAUAAUUGUGAUUGACCACACUUUAUUUUAAGUGCAUUUGUUAAAUUCAGUUUGACUAAUUACCAGGGUAGUGAAUUUCACAUAUAAUUCAGGAGGGUUCAGUAAUUUUCUUGAAAGAGGGACAUAGCAAGGGAUCUCUGUAAAAUAACGUUCUUGACUUGAAGCCAAGUCGACAAUUGGAAUUUCUUUCGGUAAGUGAACUCUUAGUCAUUCAGUCAUUAGUGAGAUGGGGGAAUGAGUUUAUAACUGCAAUGAGAGGAGGCUGGGAAACUCACUCAUCUGUAUCACAUCCCUAUUCAAUUGAACUCCACAGUUAAACAUCGUUUGGAUUUGGGUCCCGUAUCUUCCCUGUCAUUAAUAUGUCCCUUUCUUUGACCUUGAGUAUUGCAGGUUCUGCUGAGGCUGUGCUUCAUUUCAGCAAAUAGAAACUCCUCAGUGUGGGUUGAGAAUAGCAUGUAGGCUUGGCUGAUCCUUCAGAAAUUACGCUGCUUUUGAAACUUUAAUGACAUCCUUCAAGUUGAAGUUAUUUUAACUGCUGGAGAGGAACAAUAGCUGAGCUUGUUAACAGAUUUUUUUUUACAAAAAUCACAUAUGUGGAACAGAACUAUCAAUCUCUCCAACUGUGAUGAUUAAUUUGGCACAGAUCAGUACUCAAACAUGGGAGCAUCUUGGUAUGUGCAACACAGCACUUUGAAUUAAGAACUAAUGGAUGAACUAAAUGUCAAAUCAUGAACAUGAGAUUAGUAACUGUGAGUUGAAAUUAUUCUGAAGAGUUCUGGUGGGUUGUGCAGAUAAUGUGGUCCACUGAAGGCCAUUCUGGAUCUAAUGAUUAGGCCGCUGACUAGACUCUUGAGCACCCAGGUUGAGUUGUACUGUAUUACCACCACGUGGCAAUUCUGUAGCUUCCAUUAAAAGUUGUUGGGUACAAACUUUUAUGGCAUUAUUAUAAGACUAAAUUAGAGUGUAGUAAAUUUUAAGUAAACUAAUUACAAUCUUUCACCAAUGGGUUUAUAGAAUAUACAUUUAUAGAAUAUAAUAUACAUGUUGUGAGCUAGGACACCGGUGAACACUAAUAAAGUGAACAACCAUUCCAUUCUAGUUAUUUGUACUUGUUGAAAUCUGCUAUUGGUCCUCCUGUCACUGUCACAAAAAUAUGUUUUAUGCUGUCUCUGAUUGGGUGGCUUUUCCUUCCAUGAAUAAUUAAAUCCUCAAACAAAUGGAGACAGAAUAUGCUGGGUAUACUUAGCAGAUUGGGCAGGACCUGUAGAGAGAGAAACAGAAAUUACCUUUUACCAGAAUUAGGAAAUAAUAGAAAUCAAAUAUGUUUUACAUCACAGAGAAAGGAGAGGUGUAGGGAACUUAGGAAAUGUCUGAUUGAGUGGAGACUGAGAAACUUCAAUGAAAGUCAUCAAGCUGAAAUGAGAAACUUUCUCUCCUUAGAAGCUAUGUGACCAGUCAAGUAUUUUUUCGCUUUCUCUACUUUUUUCAGAUUGCCAGCAUCUCAUGUUUCCCCCCAUUUAAUAAAUCCUCAAACCCUGAGUUUUCAGAGCUACAUUUCAAUGGUAUCAAAUAUUCUGUGCUUGUUUGUGAAUUAAUCUGUAUAUUAAAGGAUCUCUAUUUGCCCAUAUUACAGCAUGAUUCUGGUCAAUUGGUGAGGAAUGGAUUUGGCAUCAGAUGAUUUGUCUGCAGAAUGCAGUUGAUGGAACUGUGUUAAGGUGGAUUUUGGUGUUUAGAAUGGACUGGUCUGGCUGUUGAAACUUUGUGCACUUCAACAAAUAUGACAAGUAUGAGUGCAUAUACCCACAAUGCUGAUGUUUCCUGCAAUUGUCAACAAGGGACUAGUGAGUUUAGUGAAUGGAUAAAGUACAGAUUCUUGACAGUUCAACAAUAUGUGUGUAAGAAUGUCUGCUGGAACCCACUGCCUCAGGCUGAUGGGUUAUUCAUUGCCUUGGGGUGAGAUUCUCAUCUUCACCCACUAUUGUAAAACAACUAAGUAGACAGAAGCAAGGCAACCUAACAAUAAAUUUAUUUCAGGUUGGGUAAUCUAUCAAUAUUGGAAAAUAGUGCUUUUGCUCAUUGUUAAUUGCCAACACUAAAAUUUUUACUGUUUGAAAGUAAACACUAAAGUUUUAAGUUAACUUGCGCUUUGUAGUCAGAAGGUCAGUGUCAGCCAUGAGUCUAUACAUAUUGUGAUAGAAACAUAGAAAAUCUAUAGCACAACACAGACCCUUCGGCCAAACGUAUCCUACUUUAGAAAUUACCUAGGGUUACCCAUAGCCCUCUAUUUUUUCUAAGCUCCAUGUAUCUUGCCAGGAGUCUCUUAAAAGAUGCUCCAGUAAAAAAAAUUCACCAUUAAAUUCCUAUCAGAGUGCAUGACCUAUUGUCCCAAUGUAUGUAAACAGACCAUAUUUAAAAUAAUAUUAUGCUACAUCUUAAUGUGAUGGAACAUUUGAACUCUCAAAGGGUGAAAAUGCGAUGGGCAGUUCAUUUGAUCUUUUGAUUAGGCUACAGUUGACAAAUAAAUCUGAUAUGCUACAACACUGAUAACAUUCACUGAAAAUGAACUAUGGACAAAAAAACACAAUCUGAUCAAUUACCACACCAAGAAUAGUCAAUAGUUAUAAAGCAGCACUGAACAAUAACCUGAUUACUGAUUCUCUGUCUGCGUUCCAGCAUUUAGUCCAGGGACAAAUGAGGACCUGUGAUGCAUUUGCAGGAUGAUUUGUGAACUUGUACGUUUCCCAAGUCCUGGUAACUUCGUAGAGAUCACUGGGGUGCGCGGCUCCCGCACACAAAAGAGUUUGUUGCCGCGCAGCUGUAAUUUUGUAUAUAAUGUUCAUAUUUUAUAUAAUGUUAAUUUGAUCCAGUAUUGCAAAGAACAGGUUAAUGAAUGUAAGGAUCCAAUAAGCAACUACUGCCUGAAAUUUUGAACAAUUCAGAAGAUUUGGCAUCUCUUUGUAAAUUCCUUCAAAACUGUUUGAAGCACUGCAGUAUGUAAAAGCAAAAAAUUAACAAGCUAUGGUCACAGUAUUUUGGCGAUAUCGUGAUCUGGUGGCAUCUCCAAGUUCUGACAUCGAUACUGCGCCUCAUCGAUUCAUUCAACGAAUGUGUAAUCACUUGGAUAAUAGAUUUCCAGAUGAGUUAAGUGAUUGGCAAUAUUUUGACCCAGUUACUAUUGCAAACGCAACUAAUUUUGAAUUUGGAAAAGAGAAUGUUGUACGACUGAUUUAAAAUAAAUACUCAGCUACUAUUACGAACUACGACGAAAGCGUUGCCUCAAAAAUGUGGCAGCAAUACUGUGAUUUCAAAUUUGUUUCUGAGAAAAUGUCUGGUACAAUUAAGACUUUCAACUGCGUGCUAAGAAAUGCAGAAUUUGAAUAACUCAAUUCUUGUUGGCAUCGUUGGAACAUUUCAAGCUUCAGUGUUGACUGUAAACGGGGAUUCAGUCAUAUGAAUUUAAUCAAAUGUAAAUUCAGAAACAAACUAGAAGUGGAACAUUGGAUGAUCUAAUGAGGAUUAAGACUUGUCUUUCAUCAGGAGGCGAAAUUAACCUAGACAGUGUUUAUAGUCAAUAGAUUUGUAAUAAAGACGAGAAAAAGUUUACGUGGCAGAUUUUUUGUACUGUAUUUCAUUACAACAUUAAAUUAAUAAAAUCAAAAGUA